UGCACUCUUCCUCUCUGCUUUAAAAAUAUCAGCCUGGACAGCUAAGAGACCUGGACGCAUCCUGGGGAUUGAGGAAUGUCUCCCAACUUCCCAGAUCCUUCAUAUCUGUGUGAAUCCUCUGAGUAAAUAUCUAUGUGUAUGUGUGUUUAUGUCUUUGCGUGUGUGUGUGUGAAGAUAGAUCCCGUAUUACUAGCUGGAGAGAGGAUCUUCUGUCCAGAUGAGAGAGUGGAUGGAGUUGGAGAUGAGCUUUUCAGCAGGGGGGUUUCUCUCCACCUCGGAUGGUUACUGCUCCACAGAGCAGCUCCAGUACUACGACAUGCUGGCUGACCCUCUGGGCUACCCCCUGCAGGACCCCGACCUCCAGCUGCUCCCUUACAGCCAGCAACAGUACAGCCCUUCCAACCUGCCCUUCUCCCUCUACGGCUCUCCGUCCUCCUCCACCUCCUCCCCCUCCUCCUCCUCUUCCUCCUCGCAGCCCUGCCAUCCUUCGUACCACUACAGCCCCCACUGCCUGGAGGUGCCCUGUGAUCCCAGCCCCGAGCCCCACUGUGGAGGCCUCGGUCAGGGGCUCGGAGUGGCAGGGCUUACUCUGGGGCGGAGGUCACGAGUGGGGCCGGGAGGGAAGAGCAGAGGUCAGGACGAGCUGUGUGUGGUGUGUGGAGAUAAGGCGUCGGGGUAUCACUACAAUGCUCUUACCUGCGAGGGAUGCAAAGGUUUCUUCAGGCGUAGUGUGACAAAAAAAGCUGUGUAUCACUGUAAGAGCGGCGGAGGCUGUGAGAUGGACAUGUACAUGAGGAGGAAGUGCCAAGACUGCCGGCUGAGGAAGUGCCGCGCCGUGGGAAUGCUGGCUGAGUGCCUUCUGACGGAGGUGCAGUGCCAGUCUAAACGACUGAGGAAAGGAGGUAAAGGCAGAGGACAGGAGGAAGAGGACAACACAGACAGCAGGAGGGUCAGCUCUACCAGCAGGCUACCUGGACAGGCUUCGUCUGCCAGUUUAACCCGAGAACAGAAGUACAUUGUGGACAGGAUGGUGGAGGCCCAUCGACUGUACAGAGCACAGGACAGCAGCCACUGCAGGUUGUUUGAGUGGCCGUGUGCAGAAGAAGGGGAGGGUCUGUCUGAUGUCGUAUCACCUCACCUGCAAAGACUGCUGCAGUUUGCCAGGACAGUGCCAGGUUUUGACCUCCUGGACUUUCCAGACCAGAGCUCUCUUUUGUCCAUCUCUUCACUGGAGAUCAUGUUCCUACUCUCAGCGCAGCAGUUCUCCAAUAACCCAACAAGCCCCAGUCCAGCCCUGCAGCUUUUCAAUAUGUCAACACACAACUGGCUGAGAAAUGUAGAGUCAAAGGAAAACAUCCACAGCAGGAUGUUGGUCAAUUCAGGAAGCAGUGAGGAUCUCCUCGCCCCCGUGCUCAACUUCUUCCACAGCAUGGCAGCGCUGCAGGUGACAGAGGCUGAAUACACCCUGCUCACCGCUACAGCUCUGCUCUGCUCAGACCGAGCGUCCUUACUGGCAGCCAGCUGUGUCGAGAAAAUGCAGGAACUGAUCCUGGACCUGCUGUCCAGGAUGUGUGGGACCCACGCCGGAGCUGCACGGGGGGGACCACAGCGGUUUGGCCGUCUGUUGGGCAGACUGACGGAGCUACGGACCCUUCGUCACAACUACCUCCUUUUGACAAGACAGCAGUCUGGACACUGACGGAGAUGAAAACCACCACCAUCAUCUCUGGAGAGUUCCAUGUUUUAAUUUCAGGACUACACGGUCCUGCAUGAGCUGAGAAAUUGUACAAACACUGUGUUGAAGAAUGUAACAUUUGGAAAUGCAAGGUUUUUGACCUGAUAAUGAUCAGACUGUGAUGGAUGAAGUCGGGUUGUUGCAAAGCUGACACACAAAUCUUCCACCAUUUUCUCAGUUGAGUUCAAUUCUGCGGUCAUUUCUGCAUUUUAGCCUCUUUAUAGGACUGAAAUGUGCUUGUUGACUGCUGUAGUUUGUUUGAGCAAAGAAAAACGUAUAGAUCUUUUUAUACCUGUUGUAUACAGCUAACAUGUACACUUCUGUAUUGUUUAAGUUAAAUGAAAAUGCAGACUGUGUGCUAACUGGAGUUCAUCAGUGGAAAAGAGAAUUUUCUGACUAAUCAGAAGCCAUAAAGACACAUAUAUAUAUAACUCUUGGGAGAGAUUCUGAGCAAAUGCCCUGCAUGCAAACAAUCCUUGAUCUCGAGCAUUUAAUAUUAAACAUCUAAUAUCUUCCAAGUGAUAAUUAUAAAAUGAUGAGAACUGAACCCACCUUUCAUUGAAAAAGAGACAAAACCACAGUUAAGUAUCCCAAAAGGUUUUUAAUAGAGCAUUUAUUUCCCAAAAUGAGGAAAUACUGGUUCAGACAAAGUAUUUGGUGAGUAGGUAAAAUAUGCAGGUAGUACAAGCUUAUAAAGGUGUAUUUUUCCAUCUGAUAAAAUGGGGCUCUGCAGCACUCUCAACAAUAAAUAGAAUCUUCUGGGGGGUCAGCAGUGAAUGAUGGGGGGGGGUUGGUCUUGAGUCAAAUCAUCGAAAACAAACCAAACGUGAAUUCAUCUGUUAAAAUGUUGGCUGCAUGUUU